UGCAGAUCCCUGACUUCUACCCAGAGUGAACCCAUGUGCUAUGCAAAAAGCAAGAACAACGACUAGCUGAUUAAUCCUCCGGCAAGAGCCUGCUCUAGGAAGAUCAGGUUGCAAUCCUUCCUUUGUAGCUUUACACCACACCCCUUCAAUGUGAAUUAGCAGGGGAGGAUCCUAUUCAGCACUGAUUCAGGAAUUCUUUCUUCAAGAACUGUUGCUAGGCGUUUGGAGCAAACAACUGUUUCCUUUCCCUGUUGAAAGCUAUGUCACAAUGAAAACAGGCUGUAUAUGUGAAGUGGAGAUUUACCCCGAUGGGAUGUGGCAUGCCAGCCAAAUGGAGUUGCCACAUCUAAAUAAAUAACUGGCUUCUUUAUUCCCACUUGAAUCAGUCUUCUCUGAGGAAAGAUGAAAGGAAGAAAGAAGGGCUGUUCCUCACCUUUAACCUUUAUCUUGCUGUUCAUCUGUAUCACUGGCCAUGCAACUACUGACUUAGAUGACAGCGAAGAAGACUAUGUCCUGGGUGCUGCUUUGCCACCACUGAAACUAGGGCAUUCAGUCUGUGCCAUGAAAGCAGAUGAAGGUCCAUGCAAAGCAAUCCAUAUGCGCUAUUACUUCAAUAUUCAAAGCCGUGAGUGUGAAAUAUUUGAAUACGGUGGAUGCCAUGGCAAUGAAAACAACUUUCUAACACUGGAAGAAUGUCAGAAGAAGUGUGUGGUAACAGAAUUGCCUCGGAAGAGGAUGUUGGCAAACAUUAAGAAAGAAAAGCCCAACUUCUGCUUUCAUGAGAAAGACCCUGGAAUUUGCCGAGGCUAUUUUUCCAGGUACUUCUAUAACAAAGAGACAAAGUUAUGUGAAGUAUUCAAGUAUGGUGGGUGCCUUGGAAACCAGAACAACUUCAAGAAUUUGGAAGAAUGCCAGACUACUUGCCAAGGCAACUCAAAUUUAUUGCCAAUUGUUCCACCAGAAGAGCACCCUAACACUGUGAACAGUAGUUCCCCGGUAGAAGAACCCAACCAGUUCCCUGGGAUUUUUGUAAAUUUGCUGCCAAAUGAGAAGUCCAACACUCUGAACAGUAGUUCCCCAAAAGAGAAGAGCAACCAGUUUCCCAUUUUUUUUGAACCACCCCCUAUCCCUUCUUUGUGCAUGACACCUAUGGACAGAGGACUUUGUAGAGCCAAAGAGUUAAGAUUUUUCUACAACUUCUCAACUGGAAGAUGUCACACAUUUAGCUACAGUGGUUGUGGUGGGAAUGAAAAUAAUUUCACCUCCAGAAAGUCAUGUUUGAGGAUCUGCAAGAAAGGAUUCAAUAAAAAAAAAGGUGAAAGAAGAUUAAUAAAAAUCAAGAAGAAAAGAAAGAAAGAGUCAGUAAAGGCUCUGGGCAAGGAAACCAUCCCUGAAAGAACACAGCUUUGAUAUUUAUGGAAAUGUGAAGUAAACUACUGCUCACCUGUGAAUGAAAGCCUUUAGUGUACACCUUUUAAAUAUAUUUACUGUACUGAUUAUUUUGAUUACAUUAUUAUUAAGCUGCUCGUUUUUAUUAUGUAUUCCUCAUUCAUGUUAAUAAACAUAACCUUUUACUUUGA